CACAACCUGCAAACUAUACGCGAGGCUGCAUACUCAUUCAUCAACUCACUCUCGGCAAAACUACGCGCGUUUUUGAAACAUUUGCCGAUUGCUUUGGAUUUUUGCACGCCAAGCGUAUACAAUUACAGCGAUCGGAAACACAAAGAGCGUUUUCUCCAAAUAGUGAUUACUGGUUGCAAACGACAGACUUUACUUCUCACCACUAAUUGACGUCCUUGAACUUUCAGAAAAACACGUCGAGGAAGCAUCAUCCAACAAAGGCUGAAAGCCCACCGAUUGAGACGUGAAGAAGCGUGAUGUAAGAGCUUGAGGUAUCUGUUUUUGUCCGUCUCUUUGUUGUGAUUUGGAUUUUCGUGUACGCGACCCCACACACCUCGUAGGGGGGGAAAUACCCAUCCGUGAUGAAUCUGGGGCCCAACUUCGAUCGCAAGUGUCGCACCUGUGGGACCGAUAUCGCCCAGCUGACCUGUGGAAUUCCUAUAUUCGGCAGUGGCCUGCAGUUGGAUCAGAAAAUUCGUCGCUACCUGGGACUGAAUAUAUCGCCAUAUGACGAACUGCCGAAAUGCAUCUGUGCAACAUGCUUCAUCAAAAUAGAGGGCAUCGACAAACUUGCCAUUCUCGCUAAAAAGACCGAAGAAGCAUAUCUUGCGUGGUUCAAAUGCAUCCGAGUCAGUGUUUCGAAAUGCAACAGUCCCACCAAUAACGUGAUCCAACGAAAAACCGUUCCUUUAAGCACAACUCUUAUCCCCUAUGGACCCGCUACGAACAAAUCAACAAUUUCGGUAAUCUCGUACAGCGAUCUCAAACUGGGGCUUCUUAUCAAGGACCAAGAAUUACUCAAAUUGAUUUUGAAGGCCCUCAAGUGGGCCGAAUACGACCGAACGGCAUCAUUUGAAACCCUGCUGCAGAGACUACGGAAUACCACUUUUCGCAACAUCCUAUCCAAUCGCAACUUACUAAACGAUAGUGAUCUUACACAACUCUUGAAAUCGUACAUUGGCCAGGAGACGUUCACCAAAAUUCAACCGAAUGUUUCACAGCCCCUGAGUAGUAAAUCCACACACGCAGAUUCAAGCAAUGUUAACUUUCGGCUUGACGAUGAUAGCGUAACCCAGAUGGAGGUCGGUGUUGAUCCCAGCUUAUUUCUGGACGACGAAGAAACACAAAGCAAGUCCCGACUUGGAACACCUCUUCGGCGAGAGAAUAACAUAACUAUCAAGUUGAUUCCCGUGAACUUGGUAAACAAUUCUUCAAACGAAAAGAUGAUUCCGGCUGUCCUGAAGUGUGAUGUCCGAAAGAGCGCAAGAUAUCCCUGUACGAACUGCACAGAUUUUUUCGCUUCAAGCUUAGACCUGCAGCAGCACAUCGUUGCUGUGCAUAUGUCAAGCUCUAACCUCAGUAGAACCGAAAAUGACCCAAAAACUAUCAAGAUAAGAGUGAGAAAACAGAUCAAUCCACCACGAUCCGGUCCCAUCUCGUCAACACUGAACGUUGGACCCGAACCUAAACAAAUAACAGAAGUUAAAUCUACUCUGGAAAACACAUCAUCAAAUACAACGAAAUCUUCUUCCAGAACCAAACGAAAACGGGCCCGUGAAAAUUACGACACAAAAGCACCAACAAUUUCAAAAUCGAAGCCCAAGGGUUGUAAAAAGGUGCGCACUAUGAAGGAUAAAUUUACUUGCGAGAGAUGUGACCGAGUGUUCAAAACAUCACAGAAUCUGUCUCGACAUAGGGCGUACCAUGACGGGCGAAAGUUUUCUUGCGAUCGGUGCCGAAGGGCUUACGCAACAAGCAAUGGUUUGAAGACGCACAUUAUUACUCACAGCGACGCAAGGCCUCACAAAUGUGCGCUGUGCAAUAAAUCCUUCAAAGGGAAUCAGGACUUAAAGUUUCACCAGAAUCGCCACACCCGUGCCCGUCCUUACCAAUGUCCCCACUGUUCGAAGAUCUUUACCAACUCAGACAACUGUUUCCGACAUCGCAAGCGAAUUCACGCCAACAUCGAGAUCACCAAUACGGAGGAAGAAUCCCAGAACCGUAACGCCAAAUCCAAAUCCCAAUGAAGUGGCUUUUAAUCAUGUAUCUCCUUAUUCUCUGUGAUAAUAAAGUGCAAAUACAUUUUGUUUUUA